CCGGGCCAGCUCGCGGGCUUUACCCCUAAUUGACAUGACUUCCCUUUAAACCUCAAAUUGAAUUAUCUCUCUCGUCAAACUAGGGUUUCUGAUCAAACUAGGGUCUUCUAUCGAUCAGAAAAAAAAUCAUGUUCGUAACCACUUCUAGUAGUUGUUGUGGUCACUGGUACGGUUUUCAUGGAGUCUGCAUCGGCUGCAAAUCAAUAGUGCACAAAAGCCAAUGGCGAGCAUUUGAUUAUAUUUUCAACGGUUUACAGCUAAGCCACGAAGCUGUGGCAUUAACCAAGUCCCGCACAACAAAUAACUCUUGUCUCAACGAGAAGAAACUUCACCUUGUCCUUGACUUGGACCACACGCUUCUCCACAUGAAAAAGGUUCCAUGUCUCUCCCGAGCAGAGAUGUAUCUAAUCCAAGAAGCAUGUUCAGUAACAAGGGAAGAUAUAUGGAAAAUAAGACUCCUAGGAGAUCCCAUAGAUCGCUUGAUAAAGCUACGACCCUUUGUUCGCGACUUCUUGAAAGAAGCCAAUGAGAUGUUCACAAUGUAUGUUUACACAAAGGGUACUCGCAAAUACGCUAAAGCUGUCUUGGAGCUGAUUGAUCCUAAUAGACUCUAUUUUGGUGAUAGAGUGAUUACAAAAGACGAGAGUCCUCAUCAGAAGACGCUUGAUUUGGUUUUGGCUGAGGAGCGUGGGGUGGUGAUUGUUGAUGAUAGGCGUGAUAUUUGGCCCCAUCACAAGAGUAACCUAAUAGAGAUUAGCAAGUACAAGUAUUUCAGAGUCAGUGGCCAAGGGUCAAAUUCUUACUCUGAGAAGAAGACAGACGAGAGUGAAAAAGACGGUGGAUUGGCGAAUGUUUUAAAAUUACUCAAACAAGUUCACUGUAGAUUCUUCAUGGUCGAGGAGGAGAAGCUGGAGUCAAUGGACGUCAGGUCGCUGCUAAAAGAAUUAUAUAUAGACUUUGAUACCAACCAAGAAUCUGUAGAAUGAUGAUCUCUUUCUCUGUCUUUUAAGUUCUUUAGAAACUUCAGAAUCUUUUUGAGAAAUCUUUUAUGUGUUUUGAGAUCACUGACUCACUGACCAUACUUUGGUUAGACUCUCUUGCAUUUAUAUUUUUAUCUAC